AUGACCUUGGAACACUUUCAUUCUAGGAGCAAAUAUGAAGAUGAAAAUAAAGAUCAAACUAAGAGGGGAGUGAAGAAGAGAGCCUCUACUGUUAGAACAAAGAUAGCAAAAUGCAUGGCGCUACCUUGGCGGUUCCAAGAUCAUCCCAAAGGCGAAGAAUCCGACCUGCGGCCGAGAAGAGCUUCGGGUACGAAAGAAGAGGUGCACGAGAGCCAUAUAUGCACCCGCAGUCGAAACUCCAUUCUCUAUGUACUCCUCCAAGUUCGGUUGACUCCCUCCAUUGAACCACUUUGCCUCCACCAUGAAACCUUCAAUCAUGUCUAUCCACUGCAAAGAAUAGACGGUUUUCGUUCACAAAACGUAUGA